GAACGCAGGAUCUUCUGCCAUCGAUUAUCCUCUCCUGCGUUCGACAGGGCCUCGCCUCUUCUAUGAGUAUUGUGUUGCUUCUGAGCGAGAAUUCAUCGCAGUGCAGAAUAAUAGAAGGUCAACUUUAUUCCACUAAAUAAUGGCUGACGACGAAUUAGAGGCGAUCCGACGCCAGAGAAUGGCAGAGCUUCAGGCAAAGCACGGGGAUGCUUCAAAUAAUCAGCAAGAGGAAGCCAAACAAAGAGAAACAGACAUGAGGAACUCAAUAUUGGCACAAGUUUUAGACCAGUCCGCCCGUGCAAGAUUGAGCAACCUGGCAUUGGUGAAGCCCGACAAGGCAAACGCAGUGGAGAACUAUCUUAUUCAAAUGGCUCGAUUUGGAAAGUUAGGAGGAAAGAUUUCAGAAUCCGGCUUGAUUGAGAUCCUAGAAAAAGUCAGUCAGCAAACUGAAAAAAAGACAACUGUUACGUUCAACAGACGGAGAGUGAUGGACUCGGAUGAUGAAGACGAUUAUUAAGUUCAUCUAAGAAACACAGGGAGGCAACAUGUUUCGGAGUUCAACGGCUUUUGCUGGGAUAAAGAUGGAUUUUUUGACUGUUGAUUUUUUUUCCUGCUGUUUUAAAAUGCUGGUAUUUGAUACAAAACCUGUGUAUUUUGGGAAUUGAUACACCAAGAAGGAAAAACAAGGACAUUUGGUUGAUAAUUUGAAGGACAGGAGAAAGCGCUCCCUGUUUUCGAGGAGUUUUUUGUUUUGCAAUCUUCUUUCUUUCAAGUUAUUACACAUUUAUACACCUUCUGUCGAACUUCUGAUCGAUAAUAGCACUGUUUGACUCUUUUUUUGUAUUACUUUUACAGUAGUUAUUGUUUUACAGUGAUUAAAUAUACAAGCCUGUACUGCAGUUAUCCCCAGCUAAACAUGAUGUUGUCCAUAUAUUUGCACAUGCAAUUGUUUGGACUGGUCAGGUACCACAUGCAUUUUUUCUUUACUUAAAUUUCAUUUGUUCAAGAUGUUAUUCUUGGAUAUUUGCUAUUUGUUGACUUGUAUUUCAAAUGUUUACACUCGAAUAAAAUGACACGCCUUAUGUUCAAACGGUUGCUACAGAUGUAGCUUUUCUAAUGAUUCCUUUCAAAUUGUUCAAUCUAUUUGAGAUGGAUUCAUAGUCAUUGGUCUUUUUAAAUAUGUCAAGUAAUAUUCACAACAUAAAUAACCUCACCACCAAAAAAGUAACAAAAUGUAUAUUUUGAUUACUUUAUUUUUUAUCUGAAACACUUUGAUCUUGGAAAUGAGAGUGAACACUUUGCCAAAUGUAUGCAUAUUCAUUUGAAAUAAAGCCUGGAGGAAAGAAACAUG